AUGGAGCUACCCCCAUAUUCACACCCUGCGAACAGAGCCAAGAGGCCGCGUGUUGCUGAAGAGAACCGCAAAAGGGCGGUGCGAGCAUGCGAUGGGUGCAGACGAGUGAAGGAGAAAUGCGAGGGUGGAGUGCCCUGCCGCAGGUGCACUCGUUACCAUCGCCAAUGCAUCUUCAACUCUCCAUCUGAACAAAACGACAGGCCUGGCAGGGCACUUCAACGAGCUGAGAAUUUCACUCGUGAUGAUGACACCGAAGCUGAGCGUGUCCACUAUAUGGAACGUAUAUUGGCUCACUACAUGCCCAACACGACAUUCGAUGUACCCUCCCUUCGCAAAAUUGCGGAUGAUUUGCAAAGGUAUCAUCGCGGACAAUCUGGAUCUGACGGGCCCCCGACUCAAGCCGAGGCCGACGAUCUUGAAGAUCUAGCAAUUGAUGAAGAGGAUUUCAGCAUCCGCGCUUUUCCAGAUAAUACUACCCAGUAUUCUGGAGAAUUUUCUUACCUGAAUUUUUCCAUGAAAAUUCGGAAGAAGAUCGAUGAAUGGAUGCAAUCGAGUGCACCGGAAGAUAGCACAGAGACAGUACCGUUCGAAGAGAGAUGGCGGUCUACGCGUUUGGAAUCAGGAUCGACGUUAGUGUCUGCCGCUGUAGGGUGUUUACCACCUCGAUAUGUUGCAGAAUUUCUCUUCAAUGUCACCUGCAAGUAUGCAAAGACAAACAACUUUUACGUUGAAGAAGACUGGCUUCGCGAGAAGCUAGCUAUUUGUUACAACAACCCGGGUGUUUUUACCUCGGUCGAUGCUGCAUGUGUCUGCUCCAUCUUGAUGACUUUGGCAAUAGGCACACAAUUUGCCCACAUGGAAUCACCAACGCCAGUCAACAAGCUUAACCGGGAAGAUACCUCGGCAGUCGACGACCACCGAUUCUCAGAAGACGAAGUCGGCUUGACAUUCUACAAUUUUGCAUCCAAGUUGCUCCCCGAUAUUAUCGCUACCGCUUCCGUGAGAAGUGUUCAGGCCUGUUUGCUAAUUGGAACUUAUCUGCUGCCCCUUGAUACCUCAGGUCUGUCAUAUACUUACUUUGGCUUAGCCAUGAAAUUGGCAAUUCAAAAUGGUAUGCAUCGAAAGUACACUGGAGAAGGCUUAACUCCAUACAUGCAAGAAGUGCGCAACCGUGUCUUCUGGACUGCAUUCACUAUUGAGAAGCCUGCCUCCAUCACUGAUGGCGAUGUUGAUGCCGAUUUGCCUAUCGAUUUACCUAGUGCCCAUUAUUCUGGCGCAAACAACCACGCAAACAUGGUGGCGCUGAUAAAACUCACCUUAAAGCUAGGCGCUAUAGCGCAGGCAAUAAUUUUUAUGGGUCGUCCAUUUCUCUUCACUAAUAUACGGAGCGCCAACCCAACCCCUUCACAGAAGGCUUCUGCGAAUAGAUCGAAAUUGAGGAUUAUUCUGGUGAGUGACUGCGUAGAAGCGGCACUCGAAAUUGUCGACCUAUGCCGACUUUUGCGCGAUGAGACCGGUCUCGCGCGAGCCUCCUAUACGGAAUUCAGCUCAUGCCGCGCAGCACUUUUAGUCAUACUCGCGCAGAGUUUGACUAAACGCACAGAGAGGCUACGCAACGCUCUGUCACAGGGUAUGGGACUUAUCAAGAUCAUGUCGAUGGGCAUUGGCUCUGCUAGAUCGGCAGUAACUGUUAUUGAGACACUGGAGCGUGCCAUACGGCGCCUUGAAGAUUGGAGUGAAAGCCAAGCCUAUGCAAAAGAUUACCGGGACUCGAUAGAUUCUGGAUAUGAGCGAUUCAAGAGCUGGGAAAUGCUAUGGAAGACGGGGCCUAUCUCGCCGGCUACUGGCACCUCAGCAUCAACUAGCAUCAAUCAGCCUCAAACACAAGAUGCAGCUGCAAUGCAAUACUUACAGUCCCCUCCAGCAAUUACAUUGCCAAAUUCAAUGAAUGGCCUUGUCGAACCAAAAGGCAUCACGGCACCAAACUCAACGCCACCCACUGUCAACAACCCAGUACCGACUAGUGCAAAUGACAAGAUUUUUGAAAAUAUUGACGAUUCAAAUGACACCGAAAACGGCAACGGCAAUCAAACAACAAACGACAAAUCACUAUACAAUCAACUUGGCAUGGCACAUAUAAUGGACGCUUCAAACUUACCGCAAACACCGCAUUUUGGAUUCGAAGGAUUUAUCUCUAAUUUUCCGCAAGAACUGGACGAGUUUGCGGCUAUAUCAUGUUUUGACAAUGACUUCUUGGCACAGGGAACCUCGGCACUUGGCGCAGGCUUCUACGAGGUCGGGCCCAUUCACCAGAAUGCGAACUGUAAGACGAGCCGCGAGACGAACCUUGCGCUGAGCUACGGAUUGAACUGCGAGACGAACCAUGAGACGGAGGUUGACCUAGAUCUCGAGUUGGUCCGCGAGCUGAACCGCCUUGACCUGGAUCUCGAGCUGAUCCACGAGCGGAACCGUGGAUCGACCCUUGAAUUGAACCUGGAAUUGGAAGUUGGAUUAAUUCGCGCGCUGAACCUUGCAUUGAUCCACGAGCUGAACCUUGCACUGAUCCACGCGCUGAACCUUGCACUGAUCCACGCGCUGAACCUUGCACUGAUCCACGCGCUGAACCUUGCACUGAUCCACGAGCUGGACCGUGGACUGAGCCUUCAAUUGAACCGCGAGCCGAGGCUUGAUCUGGAUCCCGAAAAACCACAACCGGAUCUGGAAUUUGAAGCAUUGCAUCAGGAGGACGUUGAAUUGAUUCGCGACCUGAACCAUGAGUUGAACCUUGAAUUGGACUAG